AUUCCAGAAUCUGUUGGUACUCUGGCCUCGCUGUCUACACACAUACCGAAAAAAUAUAAACGUACUUAUUUUUGUACACACGCGAGCGCGUGCAUUUACGCACACACGUAUAAUAUCACGUGCGCUCGCGCGUACGAUUCAGCGAAAAUACGGACGCAUCACCAAAAAAGAAAAUCAAUCAUCAAUUCACAAUGCACAACUCUAUCAUGACGACGUUGGCAUUAGUCAUCCUUGCCACAACAACUACCCUAGUCUCUAGUCAAUACGAUCAGCAGAGGGAACAGCAGAACUAUGUGAACGAGUAUGCGAACGAUCAGGCUCAUGCUCAACCAAGCCCAAGAAGCUACGCUUCAUCACCGAAAGAACCCGAAAAACCGAAAGCUGCUCCUGUUGCCAUUUUAAAGCAGAUUAACAGGCACAACGAAGAUGGAAGUUACACAUAUGGUUUUGAAGGAGCCGACGGUUCUUUCAAGAUUGAAACAAAAUUACCAAGUGGAGAUGUCAAGGGCAAGUAUGGUUUCGUCGACGAUUCCGGAAAAGUUCGAGUAGUUGAGUAUGGAGCAAAUCAGUAUGGAUUCCAACCAGCUGGUGAAGGGAUCACGGUAGCUCCACCAACUCUUUUUGAUGAAACUACAGGUAAAGAUGGCUUGGAGCUAAAUAAUCCGGACUACGAUUCACCUGCUAGACAGGCACCACGACAGCCAGCCCCAGCCCAACCUCGUGAACAGUACCGACCACAGUAUGAGCAGCCUCAGCAGCCUCAAUCACACACGCAGGCAAUUUAUACACCAGCUCAACACACUCCUACCUUGUCCAAUGCUCCACAGCAGCCCAUCUUCACACCAGCUGCAGCUGCACCCCCGCGACAGUCGCAGAUACUUCAGGCAAGCCAGAGACAGAUCUAUGAUGAACCAGCACCAGCUUCUCAGGCUUAUAACCAAGGACCAGUCCAGUUUGGACCAUCUUCCAUUCAGGAACCUCGCGCUCAGGCUCGAAGCAAUCCUGGAAGUAGCGGACUCCUUGAUCAACUUGCUCGAGACUACGCCCUACCUCAAAAUUCUGCGCCACCCUUACACGACAUUAGUUUCGGGUACUACUAAGUCUACAAGUACCUAAUUAUCAACAAUACAUCAAUUAAUCAUCUUUAUCGAACUUCGAUACACCCUAUGUUACUUUGCUAUGCGAAAUUCUCGCUUUUUAUUUUUACUGUAAGAAACAAAGAAUAUUGAUAUUGUCAAUUAGGAAAUUUCUUCAAGACUUGAGGAUUUCGCAAAGUCAAUCCCACCUUGUAAUUUAGUAAGGUUUAUUUUUCCACUGUUAAUUUUUUAUCUUUAUAAUUCUCAUGAAAUUUUGUACCGUACAAAGUGCAAAGUUGGAUAUUAAUAUAUUGCUCUCUUCAUAAAAUUUAAAUUAUUUCAUUAUACGUAUCUCAUCAUUAAGCAUCUGCCAUUCAUUUCAGGUGUCUUCUGUUUUCUGCGCCCUUACAAAUUCUUUUUCUGCGCUAUGUUGUGUGAUUGCCAAUUGCAUAUAUCGUGUGUAGAUAUACGUACACAGCAAUGCUCGAUUAACUUGCACUUUCACUUUGGACACAAGCAUGUACGCAUGCAAGAACAACACAUAUGCAUAUAAUGCAUAUAAGCGUAAGGCCAGAAACAGAUUUUGGUUUCUCGUUGAAACAGGGUAAUGAACAAGUUUGUUGAAAGGUAAUACUUUGUAAGUCUUUAUAGUGCCAAAAGUCAAAUAUACGCACCAUACGUAAUAGUAUCUCCGCACAUAAAUCUCUUCUUCUCACUACUUAUGUCGAUAUUAAAGUGUUUUUACCAUGUAGUAAUUACUGUUCUUCUUUCAUUUCAAUAGGUAUUAUUUCUUUUUAUAUCUAUCGUAGCAAUCAAUUUUGGCACGACUUUUAACAUUUUCUGAUUGGAAAAUGUAUUUGAAAAUAAAAGAAUAUCUUAAAUAUUUUCCAUGAUUGUAUCAAGAAUUUUGCUCUAAAAAUAUAUGGUCAUGCUUAAAAGAGUGUAAUUUUGUUAUGAAAUAAAUUGUCAUGUUGAAAAUAAAUAAUCAUCAGAAAUGUUA